AUGGAGUCCGUAGUUGAUACUGGACCAGCAGCAGCAACAGCAGAGCCGACGAAUGAUCAGUUGAACGUGGUGGAUUUUUAUCGUAAUGCGACUGUGCUCAUCACCGGUGGAACGGGCUUCAUAGGGAAAGUGUUGGUGGAAAAGCUGCUCCGGUGCUUCGAGGUGAAGAAGAUCUUUCUGCUGAUCCGACGCAAGGGCAGUGCUAGCCCGGCAGAGCGUCUGCAGCGUAUGUUCGAAGGACCGAUAUUCGACACAAUCCGUAGCACAAAGUGUGACGCAGCAGUGAAGGAGCUGUUUGCGAAGGUAGUCGCCGUGGAGGCAUCCUUCGAGCAACCGGACAUUGUCCAUCAGAUCGAUCGUAUCAAGCUGUGCAAUGAGGUGCAGGUUAUUUUCCACGUGAUGGCAUCGAUCCGGUUCGAUGAGGUGCUGGACGAUGCGAUCGCCAUGAACGUUACCUCCGCCCAGCGCCUCUACGCGUUAGCGCGUGCAAUGGAGAGUCUGCGCUCAAUCGUCCACGUGUCCACGUUCUACUCUAACUGCAACCGGGAGCACAUCGAGGAGCGUAUCUACGAUGAUGUACCAUUCGGUGGUGUUGAUAACAUUCGGGAUUUUUUUCGCGGACUUGAUGAGAAUGAAAAGACUCGGUUAAGCCGGGUGAUCAUCGGUGACAUGCCGAACUCGUACGUGUUCAGCAAGAAGUGUGCGGAGGUGAUGGUAGGGCGGGAGUUCAGCGAACUACCGAUCGGUAUCUUCCGGCCACCGAUCGUCAUCUCCGGCUACCGGGAACCGGUGCCCGGAUGGGUGGAUUGCUUUCACGGAGCAACCGGGCUCUGCGUGCCGAUGGUGCUGGGUAUGACGUGGUGGUACUAUGGUAAGCCGGAGAUGAAAACACUCAUGUCUCCGGUCGAUCACACGGUCGCUGGGAUGAUAGCAACCGCAUGCGACAUCUAUCGCCGUCAGAGCAGCACACUACAGCCGACGGAGUCGGUCCCGGUGUACAACUUUACGUUCGAGAAAAAUGCCUUCGCCUAUGGUGAUUACAUUAGGUUGGUGAGUCUGGGCUUCAAGAAUCCGCUGGAUCGUUGGAUGAGUCGAAUCAAGAAUCGUAUUGCUCCGUGGAAAAUCUUCACGAAGCUGCUCGUGUGGCUGAUGAUGCUGCAAGCGCGCGUGACCGAUGGGAUACUAGCGUGGUUUGGCAAGCGGAAGAGCAACGUGCGAAUCGUUUCCGCCAUCUCCAGUCUCUCCGAUGCGGUCGAAUACUUCCGGUGCCAUAUGUGGUCCUCAGAUAACGGCAAUGUGACGCGAAUGUUGUCAAUGCUCUCACCGGACGAUGCUCGGUUGCUUGAUUUCGAUGGCGAUCGGAUUGAUUGGCAGGACUAUCAUAAGUAUUUUGCCGAUGGUAUCACCCAGGAGCUGGUCAGAAAGAACGCCAGCAGACGCCAGCAGCGACAGAUGAAGAAGAAGGUGGGAUUGUUUCAAACAAAAUUGUGUGAUUGUUUCGAAGGAAUCGAAUCAGUAGCUACGAUGCCAGCAGUGAACGUGAGCCACGUGCCUUUUGAACAGAAAACGCGCCUGUUGGACGUAUCGGAGUUUUAUCGAGAUGCGGUAGUUUUGGUUACUGGUGGAACCGGAUUUAUCGGAAAAGUGUUGGUGGAGAAGCUCUUGAGAAGUUUGAAUGUUAAGCGAAUCUAUCUCCUGAUAAGAGAGAAACGGAACGUGUCAACGGCCGAACGGAUGAAGGAAAUGUUAGAAGAUCCAAUCUUUGACACGAUUCGCGGUACGGUUGUCAAACCUACAGCGCUGCUUAACAAACUCGUAGCCGUUGAAGUCGACUUUACCAGUCAGGAGUUUGUGAAGGAACCAUUCAAGACAGAUCUACUAAAUGAAACUCAGAUCGUUUUCCAUUUGAUGGCCAACGUGCGGUUUGAUCUUGGUCUACAAAAUGUGAUCGAAACAAAUGUAACCAACACGGAACGCUUGUACAGCUUCAUUCGGAAUGGAUCGCGCUUGAAAUCGAUCGUGCAUGUGUCAUCGUUUUUCUCCAACUGCGAUCGCUCUCAUGUGGACGAGUACAUCUACGACGAUAUUCCGUUCGGUGGUUUGGAUAACAUAAAGACCAUCUGGGAACACUUGUCCGAAAGCGAACGGGAAGCCCUAACACCGAAGAUCAUAGGCCAGAUGCCAAACUGUUACGUCUUCAGCAAGAAGUGUGCCGAGGUGAUGAUUUCGCAACGGUUCUCCGAUCUACCAGUCAGUAUCUUCCGUCCACCGAUUGUGGUACCUAGCUACAAGGAGCCCGUGCCUGGUUGGAUUGAUGGCCUGCAAGGAGUUACAGGCUUAUGCGUUCCUAUAUUAAAGCACAUGCUUAUCUGGUACUACGGCAAUCCUGAUGCUGGCACACCGUGGGUUCCGGUUGAUUACUGUGCAGCCGGGCUCAUCGUAUCCGCCUGUGACACUUACGAACGGCAUCAGCAGGGCAAGGUCAUGGCAUCGUUUGAUCGAAUGCCUCCACCACCCCCCGUGUACAACUACUGCUUCGAUCAGCAGCUCCAAACGUGGCAAGAGUUUUCGAGCUAUGUUGGUUUAGCACUUCCAUCGUUCAUUCCACGGAAGCUAAGUCAGGUGAGAACUCGUAUAACACGAUGGCGUAUCAUUUCUCGGAUCACGUUCGCGCUCCUCUACAUCCAAGCAUACCUCAGCGAUGCCGUACUAAAAGUUCUCGGAAAGCCCCAACGGAAUAUGAAAAUCGCUGGAAUGUUGAAUACACUGGCGAAUGCGACCGAAUUCUUUCGCUGUUACGUCUGGACAAUGCGCAACGACAACGUAAAGCGGAUGCGUUCGUUGCUCACCGAGGCUGAUGCAAGCAUUCUAGAGUUUGACGUGGAUCGUAUCGAUCAUAAGGAGUACUAUCGGGCUUACGUCGCUGGGUUGUCGAAGGAGUUAAAGCGACGAGAACAGAGAGCUCGGAACCGAAAGUAGGUGAAGCGGUCGGAGAUCUUUGUCAG